UUGGCCUAUUCGUCUCUGGAUGCCGUACACUGGAUAACCAUUUAAACGUAACAGCAAGUGCACUUCGCGUGUCCCCUAAGGUCUGGAACAGCCCUUAAAAUGGCUGGCACUUAGUCCUCUACUGAGUGCGUUGGAUUCUGUGACGAUAAUCAUUUGUCGCCAGGGCCAGAAACAGUUUGCCGUGUCCAGUCGGCGAUUGUCAUGAGAAGAGUAUAAUUAUCCGGGUUAGCGUGAGGUUUAUCCACGGACGGACGUCGCCUAUGAUCGCAGCAGCGCAGCUUCGCCGCGUGUGUCUGCUCCGCGGCCGCGUCUCCCAGUUGGUGCUCGGCGUGCGUUUCAGAGAGCGACAGAGUCUACGGUGCAUUAUGGUGGACUCCCAGUAUUACCUCCCCAACGACAUAGGGAUCUCUGCCCUGGAGUGCGGCGAGGCUUUCCGGCUGCUGUCGCCCAGAGAGCAGCUGUACGCGCACUACCUCUCGAGGGCGGCUUGGUACGGGGGCCUGGUGGUGCUGCUGCAGACCUCGCCGGAGUCUCCGGCCGUCUACGUGCUGCUGCAGCGGCUGUUCCGCAGCCAGUCCCCGGCGCAGCUGGAGACCGUGGCUACCGCCGCCGGACUGAGCCCCGAGGAGUACCAGGCCUUCCUGGUUUACGCUGCUGGGCUAUAUGCCAACAUGGGAAACUACAAAUCAUUUGGUGAUACCAAGUUCAUUCCCAACCUCCCGCAGGAGAAGCUGAAGGCGCUGGUGUGGCAGAGCCAGGCUUUUCAGCUGAACCCCACAGAGAUGGAGGCGCUGUGGAACAGCUGCGCCCACCUCAUCUACUCCCUGGCGGAGCGUCAGAAACAGCUGGGGCUGGGGGACAAGGGAAUCACCACCUACUUCUCAGGGAACUGCUGUCUGGAGGAUGCAGAACUUACGCAGAAGUUCCUGGACUCCAAGAACCUGAGUGCCUACAACACGCGGCUGUUUAAGCAGCAGGCGGCCGAGGGCAAGCGCUGCUACCAGGUGCGACUGGCCUCCGCCGAGACGAAAGACGGUCCGCUGUCCAAUGGGGAGCCCAGCUGUGGCAGGUACGAGUUCGGGGACGCCGUGUUCAUGGUGCAGAGGGGCGACUACGCUCCCAUCAUGAAGAAAGUGAGCGACAAUUUGGUGAAGGCCCAGGCCUAUGCAGCGAAUGAGAAUCAGAAGCGCAUGCUGGAGGAGUAUGUACGCAGCUUCACCGUGGGCUCGGUGGACGCCCACAAGGAAGGCUCCCGCUUCUGGAUCAAGGACAAGGGCCCCAUCGUGGAGAGUUACAUUGGCUUCAUCGAGAGCUACCGGGACCCCUUCGGCUCCAGGGGCGAAUUUGAAGGGUUCGUGGCGGUGGUGAAUAAGGCCAUGAGCGCUCGCUUCGCGAAGCUGGUGGCGUCGGCCGAGGUGCUGCUGCCCCAGCUGCCCUGGCCGUCCGACUUCGAGAAGGACAGCUUCCUGCGGCCGGACUUCACCUCGCUGGAUGUGCUAACCUUCGCCGGCAGCGGGAUUCCUGCCGGAAUCAACAUCCCCAACUACGAUGACAUCCGUCAGACCGAGGGCUUCAAGAACGUGUCCCUGGGGAACGUCCUGGCCGUAGCCUACGCCACACAGAAGGAUAAACUCACCUUCAUGGACGAGAAUGACAAGGAUAUGUAUAUCAAGUGGAAGGGCCCGUCCUUCGAGGUGCAGGUGGGACUUCACGAGCUGCUGGGCCACGGCAGCGGGAAGCUCUUUGUGCAGGACGACAAAGGAAACUUCAACUUCGAUCGGGAGAAAGUUCGCAACCCAGAGACUGGGGAGCUGGUGUCCAGCUGGUACAAAGGGAGUGAGACGUGGGACAGCAAGUUCUCCACUAUUGCCUCGUCCUACGAGGAGUGCAGGGCAGAGUGUGUGGGGCUCUACCUCUGCCUCAACCAGGAAGUGCUCAGUGUGUUUGGGCAUGAGGCCGCUGACGCAGAGGAGGUGGUGUACAUCAACUGGCUGAACAUGGUGCGGGCCGGACUGCUGGGACUGGAGUUCUACACACCGGAGAGCAAGAGCUGGAGACAGGCUCACAUGCAAGCACGUUUCGUGAUCUUGCGGGUGCUGCUGGAGGCGGGGGAUGGUCUGGUCACCCUGCAGGAGACGACCGGGACAGAUGGGCGGCCUGACGCCCUCAUCACGCUUGACAGGAGCAAGAUCCGUACAGUGGGGAAGAGCGCCAUCCAGAGGUUCCUCUGCAAACUGCAGGUUCACAAGUCGACGGCGGACGUGGAGGGCGGCCGUGCUCUAUACGAGGGCUACUCCGAAGUCAGCUCCACGGGGUCACAUGACUUUCUGCGUCUGCGGGAGACGGUGCUGCUGCGCAAGGAGGCUCGCAAGAUGUUCGUCCAGGCCAACACCGAGGUCAAAGGGGAGCAGGUGGAGCUGGUGGAGUACGAGGGCAGCGCAGCCGGACUCAUCCAGUCCUUCGUGGAGAGGUUCCCGGAGGACGGGCCGGAGGUGGAGAAGCAGCUGCUGGAGCUGAGCCUGCAGGACUCCCCCUGCUGGUGCUGAGAGCAAACUGCACGCUGAUGUCACGCGAGCAAGAGAAGGACACGCUGACACACUGCCCUGCAGAAACAUGCACGCUGAAAUACAUACAUACACACACACACACACACACACAC